AUGGCACCCUAUGAGGCACUAUAUGAGAGGAAAUGUAGAUCUCCUAUUGGCUGGUUUGAUGUUGGCGAGACAAAGUUGCUAGGACCCGAAUUGGUACAGCAAGCUGUAGAAAAGGUAAAGUUGAUCCAGGAAAGGUUGCGUGAUCCUUCUUGCAUCAGCCCUAUUGAGGAUAUUCAAGUUACCGAGGACUUAUCAUAUGAAGAAAUACCUGUUGUCAUUCUUGACCGUCAAAUUCGUAAGCUACGGACUAAAGAGGUAGCCUCAGUAAAAGUACUUUGGAGGAACAAUAAUAUAGAGGAAAUGACAUGGGAGGCCGAGGAGGACAUGAAGUCCAGAUACCCUCAUUUAUUUGAGUCUUCACGUGAUAUGCUUGAGACAAAUAUGGCAGGUGUUGCACAGAUAUCAACCAGGGACAGUUGA